UGCACCUGAUGUUCCUCAUUACGUUGGCUCUGCAAAUUCAGCUGGCCAAGGGUGGCAGAGCCCAGCGGAAACAGAGGCAGGCCGAAGAGCGACUGCGGCCAUACUGGGGCAGAACCAACCCAGAGAAGCUGUGUAAGCUGCUGAAGUGUCACAGUCCCAUCGGCUCCUUGUGCCAAGUUGUGAAUGAAGGAAGCGUGUCCAUUCCAAAAUGCAUUUGCCCCCAGACCUGUCCCGGACAGGGGGAGCCGGUGUGCAGUGUUCUGGGGAAGACCUAUGGGAACGAGUGUCUGCUGUACAAGGAGGCCUGUCGCAAAAGGCGCCGCACUAAUGUUGCCCAUCGAGGACCCUGCCUUGCUCCUAGGGCAGAGUGCACCGAGGCCGAGUACAGCCAGUUCCCUUACCGACUCAUGGACUGGUUCCUGGUACUCAAACGCAUGGGUGAGUCCUUCAGCUCACCAGCGCCACCUCUGAGCUGCCUGAGUCACGCCCAGCGCAGGACUUUGGCUGAGCGGAGGUUCGUGGCGCUGGACCGGAAUGGGGAUGGGAGGCUGAGCCACCGUGACCUGAAGAAGCUACACUAUAAGCAGAUGCCGCUGGAGCACUGCGCCCAGCGCUUCUUCAACUCCUGUGACAGUAACGGCAACAGGAAGGUGACCCUGCAGGAAUGGAUCGGCUGUCUGGUGGUCCGCACCGAGACUUGGUUCCAGGAUUUCACUUCUAUGAAGAUGGGUUCCAAGAAACUAUGUCCUGCCAGGCACAAUCAUCUUUGAAGUGGAAUACUAAGCAUGCGCUGCUUUCGCUUUAUACACUAUCUGUUCCCAUGUUUAUAGUGAGGUUUGAAGCCCGACGCUCUUUCAUCGUUGUAUAAAGUGUCGCCCUGCAUGCUGCGAGCCAAGCUCCUCCUGGCGGCUAUAUUUAGCACUGCAAAAUAUUACUUUUUGACCACAUUUGCUUUUAAUGCAUACAUUCAUCAGCAUGAAGCGCUGCUAUGUAAUAAAGGGGCGCCUGCC